GCAAGUCAAGUCGCUUUGUUUACCGCCCAACGGCGACGACGGACCAAAACCGGCACCGGCAGGUAGGUCUCUGCUCGGUGAGACGCAUUCAAGUCUUUGAACCACGCUUCUUGGAGACACGGUACGCAUACUCGCUGAUUUACUCUCGGCAAGGUAGUUGUUUUUAUUGAUUCAGCCAGAGAAGCUGCGCGACGACGCGUCGCGCCGUGCGUGGAUCUUAAAGAUCGUUGAAUAUCGUUUGCUCGUUGUAGUCAAUUGCUAGCCGUCGCACCGUCAACAUGGCCGUCUGUAUAUGGAGUUUCGUUUUCGUUUGGAUUUCCCUAAUGAUCCGGUUGGGAAAAGGUCAAAGUUUCGAACCGUAUGAGACGUCGCACGUGGCUCUGAUCGGAUGGACUCAACGUAGUGGCGCCAUCAAGUUCGAUUGCGCGGGAUCGUACCUGGGGAAGAACAUCAUUUUGACCGGAGCACGCUGCCUGGAACGGGACGGAGCGCUCGCUGAUGUCGUUCGGCUGGGAACGGCGAUGGGAUCGCCGAUGGAUUUCCACGUUCACAACGUGACCGUCCAUUACCGGUACCAGGCGGAGUACUACUAUCACAAUAUGGCAAUUAUCAUCUUGAAGGAGGAUCCCCAGGCAGUGUCCAGUAGGUUCAAACCGGCUUGCAUCUACUCGCACGCACCACCGAUUCCGGAGGGACGGGUGCACCUGAUGGGUAGGGAUGCGGAAGGGUCCUACCUGAAGACGGAACUGGAUUUGGUCGAUUCGGACAAGUGUCACGAGUACUACAGUCCAACCAAGAAGCUGAAAUAUGGCGCGCUGCUGGUUUGCUGCAUGUGUGCUCGGAAUGCUGAAAUCGCCAAAUGCGCAUCCGAGCUGGGUUCUCCGAUGCAGAUAAUCUUGGAAAAGAACGGAAAGAGAGUUCCAUUCCUGGUUGGGCAGAAGACGAUCGGACGAUCGUGUGGCACAAAGGUGCCAGGGAUCUACACCAGGUUGAGCUCGGAUGGUCAUUUGCCGUGGAUUGUUACGAUCGCUCGGAUGGAUUUCUACAAUCAUGAUGCUUGCAUGGAAAAAUAUUAACUGUAAUCUUCGGAACGAUCUUUUCAUGACAUGACAAUUUUAAAUUAUUUAUUCAAAUGUACCAACUAAUAAUUUAUAAACUAUAAUAUCAAUACAUAUCACACUUAAAUUAAAGAUUGUUUCACUUAAUCAU